AUUCCUUUGUCUCAUGCCCUUCUGCACACUUCUCACACCUAGGAACCUUCCCCCAACACACUGCUGCCACAUGCCCAUAAGCUUGACACCUGUAACAAUGUAAUGUAUUCGGGUCAAAGGCUCGUACAGGAUAACUUAUAUAUCCUAACAUCACUUUGUCGGGCAGACUCGACAUCAUCAGACAAUGUAUUCUGAUUCUCCACUCGGUGCCACUCACGACAAGCAUCACAAACACUGGGAAUCUUCCCCUUCAGUUGGACAGCUUUCACAUUUACUGCUACCCCAGUAGUCACUCCUUUCAAUGGCACGCUUUUCCUGAGAGCAUAAUAAUUCACAUCUCUUGCAUUAGUUUAACAUGGAGCACCUACUCCCUCUGACCGACAGAAACACAUAUAAUUAGCACAAGACCACUUCUGAUUACCCUCACAGAUUCCACAGCACCCAACUCUGUAAUUGACCCACCCUGAAAUCUCUGCAUUGGCCGUGCAGCAUUUACGGUGAUACGGCCUAAGCAGGGUAUUCAUACUUCUUGCACUUCACAGAGCAUUUUGAGAGGCGACCAGCCUCUGUGUGACUCCAGAGGCUCCGCGGUCGCGGUCGCACCAUCCAUACGGCACCUCCGACCAUAUUUUCGGACCAAGCAUUAUUGUCUCUAACUGGGGGGGGUGCAGUGUAGUGUUUGUCAGUAUAUGGGGUCUGUACCACACCGAAAGAUUCUUUCUCGCUGACAUGAAAGAUGAAGGGCCGUAUGAGCAUAUGUUUUCGAAAAAAACGUUUCGAAAAGCGAUGAUUAUUGACGUUUCUAAACGUUAAAACGCAGCAUGGAUUUGUAGUUUACACAGAGCCAAAUCUGGGCAAAUGCAAUGGUGGCAAAUGCUUCAUACGGAGAAGGGUUUUUGAGAUCUAGUGUACAGCCUACACUGUGUGUUAUCAGACAUCUACAAAUAGUGUUGGAAACAACAAACCAACCUGCAUGUCUAAUAAUUCCAGUAAACCUAAAUUAUUAUAUCAAAUUGCAGCUAAUUAACGACCCAUAUUCCCCAAAACGUCUUGUAUAUAAACUCUAUGAACUGGUGUAUCACAUCAUAUAUGUUUAUUGACACGUCUUCUUUUAUGUCUCCCAUUUUCCAUGUCUCGUUUCAGUAUUAGCCAAGUAUGAAAACCAGAUAAAUGUGUUUUCUGAAUUCCUUGAAGACUUGCCUGACACCGAUGAACCUGUGUGGGUUUUAGGAGAGUGUUACAAUGUUAAAACAGAAAAGACAGAACUCCUAUCAGACGUUCACUCGCGGCUAUGGUUCACCUACAGGAAGAAAUUCUCUCCCAUAGGCGGAACAGGCCCCUCUUCAGAUACAGGCUGGGGAUGCAUGCUACGGUGUGGGCAGAUGAUUCUUGCACAGGCCCUGGUAUGCUCACAGCUGGGACGAGCCUGGCGUUGGAGGGCAGAGGGAGGACAGCCAGAGGACUACCAUCGUAUCCUCCACUGUUUCCUGGAUAGGAAAGACAGCUGUUACUCCGUACACCAAAUGGCUCAGAUGGGAGUCGGUGAAGGGAAGUCUGUGGGAGAGUGGUAUGGCCCAAACACAGUUGCGCAAGUACUCAACAAACUUGCACUAUUUGAUGACUGGAAUUCUCUUGCUGUGUAUGUGUCAAUGGACAACACGGUGGUGAUCGAGGACAUCAAGAAGCAGUGUCGCCAGGCAAGCAGAGGGAGCAGAUUGCGGCCCAGACCCUGUGGCUGGGGGGAACCCUUCACCUCUGGAGAAACACCAGAGCAAGCCUGUUUGCACACGCACGGGAACAGAGCCACGAUGUGUCCACAUUCUCAAUCCCAGUCUCGUUCUGACUGGAGGCCCCUGCUGCUGAUCAUACCUCUCCGUUUGGGAAUCAACCACAUCAACCCUGUCUACAUCCAGGCCCUCAAGGAGUGUUUUAAAAUACCACAGUCCUGUGGUGUGCUGGGAGGAAAGCCCAAUCUGGCCUAUUACUUCAUCGGAUUUGUAGGAGAGGAGCUGAUCUACCUGGACCCCCACACCACCCAGUCAGCCGUGGAGUCAGAGGCUGGCAGCGGAGUGGAUGACCAGAGCUACCACUGUCUGAGGAGUCCAUGCCGCAUGAAGAUCACCAACCUGGACCCCCACACCACCCAGUCAGCCGUGGAGUCAGAGGCUGGCAGCGGAGUGGACGACCAGAGCUACCACUGUCUGAGGAGUCCACGCCACAUGAAGAUCACCAACCUGGACCCCCACACCACCCAGUCAGCCGUGGAGUCAGAGGCUGGCAGCGGAGUGGACGACCAGAGCUACCAAUGUCUGAGGAGUCCACGCCGCAUGAAGAUCACCAACCUGGACCCCUCUGUGGCCCUGGUUUUUUUUUGUAAGAGUGAGGAUGACUUUGACAGUUGGUGUAACCUGGUCCAGCAGGAGAUCCAGAUGAAGAGGAACCUGCGGAUGUUUGAGCUGGUGGAGAAUCACCCGCCCCACUGGCCCCCCUUUGUUCCUCCCACCAAACCAGAGGUUCAGACCACAGGGGCAGAGUUCAUCGAAUCGUCCGACAAGCUGUUUGAGUCUGAGGAGGAGUUUGAGAUCCUUAACGUGUGACCAGCCC